GAGUUACAUGACUUCCAACUUCUAACUUCCAACUUCGAACUUGCCUUCCAGUUUUAACCAACGUGUGCUCCAUUCCGUAAGGAUCUAGAGCACCGCGAUUGAAUUCAACACAUGCCGGAUUACUAAUAUUCAGGGUCCUCAACCACAGCGCUCGCACCACCGCACCACAAGCUUAACCUACGCGAAAUUUCGGCCCGCCAGUCUGAGCUUCCCUCUUGGCACCGUUUCUUCGAUCCUUAAUUGUUAUCUCGUUGUUCCUUACAGACGCAACAAACCUAACCACCCACCCAAACCAUCUCAAUUGCAGGAGGAUAGAUUGAGGACAGGAUUUCAUGGGGCAGUCCUGUACUAUGAGUGUGACACCAACUAUCCAUCGAAGAAGAAGAACAUAUCCCGCGGAAAACCGAUGACGAUGAAUGGCUAUUCGAAGGGCAAAGAAAAGGAGAAGGAUCGAUAUUUACCUGCGAGGAGAAGGGGGGGAGAAUCGGGAAAAUGGAUCGAUGUGGUGGCAUACGGAAGUUUUAGUGCCCUGCUGGCUUUAAUUCUGAAAUAUGCUGUCUCAGGUCAAUACUGGAAUUUGAACUUCUUCUUAUUGGCGCUUCAGUCAGGAACUGCUCUCGCAGUGAUAUGGUUAUUGAAAAGGGGCGGAUAUCUUACGGAAUUAGCAGGGCUAGAGUUCCAAAAAUUGAAGACUUGGCUUCCUCUUGCUGUGUUACUCCUCGUCUCAAAUUACAUAUCUUACAAAGCGCUUCAAUGUCUAUCAUUACCUACGUACAUCCUUCUUUCUACUACGACCAUUUUCACAGUCCCCUAUGUCGACAGCAUACUGUUCGGAACACCGAUCCCUCCGUUCGCAUUUAAAUCUUAUCUCCUAAUAUUCUCCGGCAUAAUAAUAUCAGUCAUUGUGGAAAACGCACAUGCAGAAGCAAGCUAUGGAGACCGCCGACUUGAACAAACAUUAGAACCUCAAGACCCUGUCAUGAUAUUAUUUCUUGGAUAUAUUUUCAUGGUCAUACAUCUUCUAUUGUACAGCACGUAUGAAGCAUGGAAGGCAAAGAUUGUGCCAAAUCUCAAAUUUGGUCAAUGGGAUAUUUUCCUAUAUAACCAUAUGCUUAUAUUUAUCAUCGCAUCAGCGCUUUCCUUCAUCAUCGAGGAUUUCUCCGACGAGAACAUGAAUGAUUGUUUCCCAUCUUCCAUACGAACAUCGACUAUCUGGGCCAUAAUUUAUACCUGCUUUGGAGUCUUCCCUGUAUUAUUCUAUUCAAAUGCAAUUGUUCGAAAAUCAUCGUCAAGUUUCCAUUCGAUCGUUGAAGCUUCGAGUAAAAUGGCAAUAGCCUUGCUAGGAAUGUAUAUGUAUUCAAAUCUGAUAAACAUGGGCAGUGUAUCCGCUAUCGUGAUAGGAUGCUCAGGCGGUAUUCUAGGGGCGUGGUUAGAAGGAAAACAGCAGCAGGAUGCGAAGGGGAAACGGGUGCUACCUGUUUGAUGAGUAACUUUUUGAAAUAGACCGUUGUACAAGAAUUAGUUUUGACAAAAUGGGAGGGGAAGCCAGGCGUUAGGGCACGGUGUUGGGUGCAACUUGCAUAUUUUCAGUACAAAACCACUGACCGUAUUACUUACGUAUUGUAUAGAAACCACAAAUAGAGAUGAUUGGAAACGGCCCUGGAUACUCAUAUCCCCAUUGCUAUGUGAAAACAUAAGUAUACAGGUGGAAGAAUUGGAAGUAUUAACUAGCUUUUUAUUCUGUACGGAAAUCAAAGUAUAUUUCA